CCGCCUCCGCGUUUCCAUGCAUUGGCGCGCUUCGUCUCUGUGGCCGUGGCUCCUCGCUCCUCCCCGAGUGGUGGUGGUACUGCUGCUGGUGCACUGACCGUAGCGGGCUGCAAGUGAAAACACAGCAGGCAUGAGUGCGGCGGGUAAUGCUCGGCCCGGUUCGGCUGCCGGGUCCGUUCAGCAGGGACUCAAAGAGGCUCUGAUCGAGACGCUGACGGCUAUCCUGUCACCGGUCCAAGAAGUGCGCGCCGCCGCGGAGGAGCAGAUAAAAGUGUUGGAAGUGACAGAGGAGUUUGGUGUCCACCUGGCAGAACUCACAGUUGAUCCUCAAGGAGCACUUGCCAUUCGUCAGUUGGCAUCGGUCAUCCUGAAGCAGUAUGUGGAGACUCACUGGUGUUCCCAGUCAGAGAAGUUCAGGCCUCCUGAAACAACAGAUCAGGCGAAAGCUGCCAUUAGGGAGCUGCUGCCGAGCGGCUUGCGGGAGUCCAUCAGCAAAGUCCGGUCCAGUGUUGCGUACGCCGUGUCAGCCAUCGCCCACUGGGACUGGCCUGAGGCGUGGCCACAGCUCUUCACCCUCCUGAUGGAGAUGCUGGUCAGUGGAGACGUCAAUGCCGUGCACGGGGCCAUGAGGGUGCUCACGGAGUUUACUCGAGAGGUGACAGACACACAGAUGCCGCUGGUGGCUCCAGUCAUCUUACCUGAGAUGUACAAGAUCUUUACCAUGGCAGAGGUUUACAGUAUUCGUACCCGCUCCAGAGCAGUGGAGAUAUUCACUACCUGUGCCAACCUGAUCUGUGCUAUUGAAGAGCUUGAGAAGGGAGCAGCCAAGGCGUUGAUAUUCCCCGUGGUGCAGCAGUUCACAGAAGCGUUUGUUCAAGCCCUUCAGAUGCCUGAUGGGCCGACGUCUGAUAGUGGCCUCAAGAUGGAAGUCCUCAAGGCAGUGACAGCAUUGGUAAAGAACUUCCCUAAACCUAUGGUGUCCUCCAUGCAGCAGAUUUUACCCAUUGUAUGGAAUACACUGACUGAAAGCGCAGCUUUUUAUGUGAGAACAGAAGUCAACUACACAGAGGAAGUAGAUGACCCAGUAGACUCAGAUGGUGAGGUUUUGGGCUUUGAGAAUUUGGUGUUCAGCAUCUUCGAGUUUGUCCACACGCUGCUGGAAAACAACAAGUUUAAGAGCACAGUGAAGAAGGCGCUGCCUGAACUCAUUUAUUACAUCAUCUUGUACAUGCAGAUCACUGAGGACCAGAUCAAAGUGUGGACAGCUAACCCUCAGCAGUUUGUAGAGGACGAAGACGACGACACGUUCUCCUACUCUGUCAGAAUCUCUGCUCAGGACCUGCUGCUGGCUGUUGCUGCAGAGUUUCAGAAUGAGAGCGCAGCAGCGCUGGCAGCAGCUGCAACCAGACACCUCCAGGAGGCAGAGCAGGCUAAAAACAGUGGCAAUGAGCACUGGUGGAAGAUCCAUGAGGCCUGUAUGUUGGCCCUCGGUUCAGUCAAGACCAUCAUCACAGAGAACGUGAAAAAUGGCCGCAUCCAGUUUGACAUGCACGGUUUUUUGGCUGGUGUUAUCCUGGCUGAUCUCAACCUGGCAGCGGCAUCUCCGUUCCUCCUCGGCCGUGCUCUGUGGGCAGCCAGUCGCUUCACAGCGGCCAUGUCUCCUGAGCUCAUCCAGCAGUUUCUCCAGGCCACCGUCAGCGGCCUCCAUGACAGCCAGCCACCCUCCGUCCGCAUCUCCGCAGUCAGGGCCAUCUGGGGGUACUGUGAUCAGCUGAAGCUGUCAGAAAGCACACAUGUCCUUCAGCCUUUCCUCCCCAGCAUCCUAGAAGGACUAGUUCAACUGGCUGCCCAGUUCAGCUCUGAGGUGCUCACGCUCGUCAUGGAGACACUGUGCAUCGUUUGCACAGUUGACCAGGCCUUCACCACCAGCGCCGAGAAUAAAAUCUGCCCCCUCACCAUCGCUAUUUUCCUUAAAUAUAACAACGACCCUGUGGUGGCAUCCCUAGCUCAAGACAUCUUUAAGGAACUGGCACAAAUCGAGGGCUGCCAGGGCCCCAUGCAGAUGCGUCUCAUCCCCACGCUUAUCAGCAUCAUGCAGGCUCCCCAUGACAAGAUCCCCACUGGACUAUGUGCUACGUCCAUAGACAUCCUGACCACAGUUGUGAGAAACACCAAACCCCCCCUGUCGGAGAUGUUGGUGUGCCAGGCGUUUCCUGUGGUGGCACAGUGCACCUUACGCACUGAUGACAAUGCGAUAAUGCAGAAUGGCGGUGAGUGUCUGCGGGCGUAUGUCUCCAUGGCCCUUGAGCAGAUUGCCCAGUGGAGGGAUGAGCAGGGGAACAGUGGCCUCUGGUAUGUCAUGCAGGUGGUCAACCAGCUGCUGGAUCCACGGACGUCUGAGUUCACUGCUGCCUUCGUGGGCAGGCUGGUGUCCACUCUGAUCUCUCGGGCUGGAACUGAGCUUGGUGAGCAGCUGGAUCAGAUCCUCCGAGCGAUUCUGAGCAAGAUGCAGCAAGCCGAGACUCUGAGUGUCAUGCAGUCUCUGAUCAUGGUGUUUGCCCACCUGGUUCACUCUCAGCUGGAACCUCUGCUGGAAUUUUUGUGCAGUCUGCCUGGACCGACAGGGAAACCUGCCCUGGAGUUUGUCAUGACCGAGUGGAUGAGCAGGCAGCAUCUUUUCUACGGGCAGUACGAGGGGAAAGUCAGCACGGUGGCUCUCUGUAAGCUGCUGCAGCACAGCCUCAACACUGAUGACAAACGUCUCCAGGACAUUGUGGUAAAGGGAGAAGAAAUCUACGGUCCUGACGAUGGCAUCCGCACGCGCUCCAAAUCUGCUAAGAAUCCAGAGCGUUGGACCAACAUUCCUUUGCUGGUGAAGAUCUUUAAAUUGAUCAUUAACGAGCUGUCGACUGUAGUGGAGGCAAAUGCCAGCAGGACGAAUGCAGCAGACUGGAGCCAAGAUUCCAGUGGUAUGUGGGAGGACCAGGGGGAGGAUGAUGUUGAGGAUGAUGAUGAGGAGGAUGAAGGGCUGGCAGGGCAGCUGCUCUCUGAUCUUAUCGCUGCUAACAAAUACGAUGAAGAUUAUUAUGAGGAUGAUGAUGAAGAUGAUCCUGAUGCCUUGAAAGACCCCAUAUAUCAGAUUGACCUGCAGGCUUACCUGACGGACUUCCUCACACAGUUUGCCCAGCAGCCGUGUUACAGCAUGUUCUCAGGCCACCUCAACCAAGCCGAGAGACAAACCCUGCAGUCUAUAGGCCUCUAGCCCCACCGUCUUGCUGCUCCAACACAUCAUCUUCCAUCAUCUGCCCCAUCACAUCAUUCCUCAUGGUGAAUUUACAACAUAGCAAAAGAAAAGAAGACAAUUUGGGAUGAAAAUAAGAGGGCAAAGGGGUGGGAAGAGACUCAUGCACUUACCCAUAAGGCUCCUGUUACUUGAUUCUUGUGAUGGGAUGAAGGACAGUGUUAAAAUGAGGAGCAUGGCGAGGUGAACGACUGCACCGGUCAGUUCCUGCAGAGGGUCAGAUCUCGCCAUUUUGAAGUAACUUCAAACUGGACGAGAAGAUUGAACCUUGAUGUAUGUAUGGACUAUUUUGCCAAGUGUUAUUUGUAAUUUAGCCCAUUAUUUUUGUGUUUCUGUACAAAUGGAGUGAAAUGGAAUGGAAAAACACUUCCAAGAGGGCUUUCCAUCAAUUGAAGGCAAACAAACACGCAGAUGUUUGAGAGGUAGAGAAACAUUGGCAGCCUUAUAUUCCAGAAAACAGACUGUUAACGACAGAAAACGAAGCGCUUUCAGACCCGCUGUUUUGUAUCGGGGUAUGGUGGGUAUUUGGGAAUUAACACUGUUGCCAUGGUGAUUCACAGCCUUGUCAUUUCCUUGUACCCACUGGAGUUUGGGAUGAAAAAUUUCUAAAUAAAAGUCCCAGCAGGACGACAUUUUCAGAAUGAUCA